AGUAAAUAAUGGUAAAAGUAUCGUACAAAUGAUAUAUGAAUGUUUACAAACCAAAUCUAUAAUUUGAUUUUUAGCCCUAUAAUACGCAAGCUUUUUUAUCUUUUUUGUCUCACUUUGUUGAAACAGCAAUAAAAAUCUCAAAUUCAAACUUUCUAAAUAAUACUUAUCAAUUUUACAAUGGCUCCUUUGUUCCUUCAAAUAAUCACGUUCAAUUUUGUAUUUGAGGUGGCCGAUCAAAUUCUUUUCGACAUAUGCUCUAUUGAAGUUGAUCCAAGUUUUACACAAUAAUAAUAAUAGUUAUUAAUAAUCAAGAUGAUAACAUAUAUUCCUCCUAGUGUAUGGUUAUGUUUAUUGUAAUAUUUACGGCAAAGGGUAAAUACAAUUUAAUAUCCAAAUCUUUCAUUUUAAACAAUAUAAUAGUCAAACCUUUUCGAAAACAAUCUAAUAUACAAAUCGUCAACUUUCCGUUCGUUUGACCGUUAUUUGACACUUCAAAAAAACUUUGUUUAGGUGAAAUUGUCACAAUACAACUUUCUUUCUUAUUUUGGCAUUGCAGAUGACUGAAUAUUUAAAUAUUCUAUACCAUCAUGGUGGAGUCAUGGACUUCUCGGGUUUGGAACUACGAUAUGUUGGUGGUUUUUCAGAGAAGAUAUCGAUGGAUAUUGAUGAAGUGUCGGACCUGGAACUUUUUCGAAGUGUCAACUAAUGGUCAAAAAGACAGAAAGUUGACGAUUUGGAUAUUAGAAUGUUUUUGAAAGGAUUUGGCUAUUAUAUUGUUUAAAUAAAAGGUUUGAAUAUUAAAUUGUAUUUACUAUAAGGCAAAAAAGGGCGAAAUUUGGUUGCUUAUUGGGUUGCAGCACACCGCUGCUACCAGCCCACGUGGCUACCAUUUAUUCGUCCAAAUGCAUUUAAUUAAUUAGUAAAUGCUAAUUGGAUAUUUGAUGCAUUUUUUUAAUAGUGAUAUCAAUUUUUAUUAAUUCAAAAGGAAAAAGAUUUAGCUCAAUUGGUUAAUUUUGGGUGAGGAACUUUCAAAGUCCGAUUAUUAGUUCAACUAAAGAAAACGUUGAUUGUAUACCUUAUGUAAUUAAUUGAUAAUGCUGUUAUUCAGAUGAACUGCAAUUCCGGCACAGAAUGAAGAACUUAUGUGCAUGAUAUGUAACGUAUGUAUCUAUGCGAUACGUUUGAGGGCACCUUGCCGGGGUUUGCAACGAGAGAAGAGGCAGUGUUUGUACGUUCCAAUAUGACUUCAUUGUUCUACAAGUAUCUUGCUGCCGGGGUUUGUAACGAGAGAAGAGGCGGUGUUUGCAGGUAGGCUGAUCAAUAACCUAAAAUUCCUUCUCCCAACAUUAUAAACCUAGCCUGCUUUACUCAGAACAGAUAAUAAUAUUGCCUUCUAACCACGAGAGAGAGAGAGAGAGAUAGAGAGAGAGAGAGAGAGAGAUGAGCGUACAGGUUGGUCGCUUGGAUGCUCGAAUGGCCACAGUGAUGAUGUCGUCGCUAAUUCUGACAAUGAUCAACGGAUGCUUCGACGGCGGUGUAAUCAUCAUCUCUGCUGAAGCUGCCCUCGAUACUAUGUGCGGUGCCUCCAACGAAUGGUUUUGUAGUCCGAACAAAUUCGAUAGCCCAGGCGCGCAGAAUGCAGUAUUACCGGAUCUCAAAUCCCCAACACCGUGCAAGCGGGUCUACGACAACGACAUUAAACCACCAAAAUUUGCCGCCUACGUUUAUUCUUCUUGUGCUGAUAAGAAUGAUCCCAACUGCGGUGACUGCUUAAACAGAGCGACUGAAGUGAUAUACAACAAUUGCCCUGUAAAUGAUGGAGCUCAGUACGGGACGGAGGAGUGUUGUGCUAGAUAUGAGCUUACCAACUUUUGUGGAGCGUAAUUAAUUAAGAAAUGCUAUUGUGUAUGCUUUUGUGGAGAUGGGGUUGUGUUUGCAAAGGCUCCUCUUCGAUUGACUUGCUUGGUCGAACGAAGCUUCACAUUCGCUAAAUGGGGCGAUUUUGGAGGGGACACUUUUUUCCUCUUUUGUUUUGUUUUUUGUUUUUUGUUUUUACCUUUCGGUCUGUAUCGUGUCAUUUAAUUUUCUUCGUAUUUUAGUUAAAGUCAUGCUUUCAGUCUUCUGUUAAGUCGUUGCUGCAGGUUUUCGAGCCUGCCUUGGUUAAAAGAAAAAAUAAAAUGAAGCCUCCUCAUUGGUAUAUGUAUCGGGGAAAGAGAUGCAUCAUAAAAAAAAUUAGGAGUUAUUUAUGAUAUGAAAAUCGAGCUUAUCAAAUUUUUAUGGGUGAGUCAAAUAAAGUGUAUAAUAAAUUCAAAUUUUCAAAGAUAGAACUUUUUCGGCCAAUCAAUAUGAGAAUAUGUAAAAUAUUAAUGCAUUUCUAUAAUUUGAAUUGAGUUCUUUGGAGAGAUAAGAUCCUUGUCGUAUUGCUUAAAUCUAUAUUUUCAUAGAUCUCAGAAAAAAUUUCUAUAGCGCCAUAGAUAGAAUUAAUAUGGAGGAUUAGUAAAAUUCCAAAGCUUCAUCUCAUACAUGCCAGAAAAUAAGGAUGGCUAUACGGUCUGAUCCGGUUAAAUUGGACCAAAUUGAUCCGGUUCCAGUCCGGUCUUUUCGGGAAUAUAAGGACCAAAGAUUGGAUUGGAUAUAGUCCGAUCUUGAUCCGGUCCGGUCCCAAUUUUAUCUUGAUUUUAGGUAUUGGGGGUCUCUUAUCCGGUAUUUAUCCGGUUUUUUAUCUCAAAUCUAAGCCCGAAUAUGAGAUUGCAUUGUUUGUUAUCCGGUCCCAGUCCGGUCCCGGUCCGGGUUAUACGGUCCGGUUUCGGGUAAAACCAAACAGUCCGGAACCAAAUAGCCAGCCCUACCAGAAAGAAAGAAAUACUCUAGAUGGAUUAUCAACUUUUAGUUUACAACAAUCAAAACUAAUUGUCUUUCAUUAUUGAUGUGGAACCGAGAUACGUCAUUGCCAACAUUUUCAUUGUUUGAUGGUAAAUUCGUUGGAUGGUAUAUUAGCCUACUUCUCAACUCUUGCAAAGAAUUUAUUCAUGACUAUCCAAACCGGACACUAAUAAUUUUUACCCCUCAAUCUUCACUCCUUUUCAAUUUCCUAACAAGAUUAUGUUAGUGUUUAUUGCUUAUUAGAUGUUAUGGAGUAGUAACUUUACUUUAUGAGCUAAUGAAUAAUUUAGGAUUUGAUGCUUUGAAUUUGAAUUGUUAUUGAGAAUGAUUGUAUCUUUAAUUUGUUUGAUUUCAUGAUCUAUUAGGUCUGUUUAGUGUUAAUAAUUGAAGAUCUACAUAUUUAAUUCUAUGUUAUAGUAAUUAUUAUUAUAUUAUCAAUUAAUUAAAAGCCCAAGGGAACUUACUGUUCCUCACGAAAUUACCGCUUGCAUAACUCUUUAGUUACUGUUCACCGGGGAAUAAUUGAUAUGCGGUGGAUGCAUUGUAUAAGAUUUUUGGCCAUUUCCUUUCUUGGUUUAUUAGAUGGGGGAUUAGUUCACCGGGUGAUUAUUAUAAUGCGUUGGAUGAAUCAUAUAAUUAGCCCAUUUCUUAGUGACUUUAUUAGAUAGGGCCUUAUUGUUAUGCGUUACAUUCUCAGUAAUUACUGAUGGUAAAGGAAUAGUGUGAGACAAGUCGAGUAAUACCCGCUCCAAGUACAGGGCAGGAUGGGUCGAUCCAUACUUAGAUGUUAUUUGAAAAUAGAACGUGGAUAUUGGAUGAAUCAUAUAAUUAGCCCAUUUCUUGGUAACUUUAUUAGAUGGGGGCUUAUUGUUAUGCACUACAUUAUCAGUAAUUACUGAUGGCAAAGGAAUGGUGUGGGCCAGGUCGAGUAAUACUCGUUCCAGGUACAGGGUAGGAUGGGUCGAUCCAAACUUAGAUGUUAUUUGAAAGUAGAACGUCGAUAUUUAACUCUUUUACAAGAAGUCACAGAGAAAAACUUCAUAGAUGGGGAAUUAGUUCACCGGGUGAUUAUUAUUAUGCGUUGGAUGAAUAAUAUAAUUAGCCCAUUUCUUGGUGACUUUAUUAGAUAGGGGCUUAUUGUUAUGCGUUACAUUCUCAGUAAUUACUGAUGGUAAAGGAAUAGUGUGAGACAAGUCGAGUAAUACCCGCUCCAGGUACAGGGCAGGAUGGGUCGAUCCAUACUUAGAUGUUAUUUGAAAAUAGAACGUCGAUAUUGGAUGAAUCAUAUAAUUAGCCCAUUUCUUGGUAACUUUAUUAGAUGGGGGAUUAUUGUUAUGCACUACAUUAUCAGUAAUUAAUGAUGGCAAAGGAAUGGUGUGUGCCAGGUCGAGUAAUACUCGCUCCAGGUACAGGGUAGGAUGGGUCGAUCCAUACUUAGAUGUUAUUUGAAAGUAGAACGUCGAUAUUUAACUCUUUUACAAGAAGGCACAGAGAAAAACUUCAUAAAUGAAUGACAAAUAUAAUAUAAGGAAUAAUUGAGUAUAUAAGUUGAAAUACAUAGUUGAUUUUUAUGCAAAUCAUAAUAAAACGGUUUGAAAAUUGGCCAGGGCGGGUUGAAAGCAAUAUCAUGUUCCGCUCCAUGCUAUUGUGGGUUGAGUAAUAUCCGCCCCAAACAAGUCAUAAAUAAACACCACUACCACGAAUAUCCUCAUGGAUGCUAAUAAAAUUUAUUAAUCAAAUUUAAUACUUUAGGAAUUCCAAAGGGUAUUCCAAAGGUUAUGAAAUUCUUGGGGAUGCUUUUAUAUAUAUAUAUAUAUAUAUAUAUAUAUGAGAUUUACCUAAUAAUACUAUUAUUAUAUCGUAAAUUACAAAUUUAUCAUGUACUAAUGGUACUUUGAUGAAAUGAAAGAACUCAUAUUCAUCAUCUAAUAAAUUUUUUUUAUUACAAAAUAUUUUAUCAUCUAAUAAAUUUGUAUUACACUAAAGUGACAUAUGUAUAAAUUAAGCAAAUAUUACACAAAAGUGGCAUAUGUUAUUAACUUUAAUUUUGACCAUCUCAUCAAUUUUUAUUACGCAUAAGCUAUUUAGUAAAAUGUGAUGCUUUUCGUAACUUAAUUUGCUUAUUAUCAACUAAAAUCCCUUGAUUAUUAACUAAAAAAAAAUCAUCAUGUCAGCAACUUCCAUUACACAAACGUUUCCUAAUGUCAACUAACAUUUAGAUAAUAAUUUAAUAAAUUUUGAUACUUUUUAUGACUUGAUUUUACUAUUAGGCCACAUUAUGGAAGAUUUACGUAACAACAUUGUAUAAUAGUUACAUAAAUGACAAAUGCAUUACGUAAAACUUACGGAGGGAUAGUUAUUUCUUAUGUAUAGAUACAUAAGUCUUCUUUAAAGACACUACAUAAAACGAAUUGAAGUUAUCAAAAUGAUAAUUAAGAUCCUACGUACAACUUAGGGACAUCAUAUUCUCGCCAUUUUGUGGCAAAUGAAACAUUAAAUAAGGGGUCGUUUGGAAGUUGGGAUUCUUUAAAUUGAUGAAUUCUAUUAAUGUAUGCAUUAUAAAUUGAUGUUUUGCUUGAAUGGUUGUAUUUGAAAAAUCCUUUGUUUGGAGGUGUAGAUUGUGCUUUUCACAUAUCUAAAAAAGUACUAUAUUUUUUCGGUUUACAGACUAUUUGUCCUUCAUUAACUCUUUUAUCCAAAGAGAGAGGAGCAAUGAGUGAGGUAAUGUUGGAAAAACAAAAAGUAGAAGGGACAAAAGUGUAAUAAAAGACACACAGACAAUCAUUCGUUUACAAUCUCAGCUUUUGCUAGAGAUUGUCAAUCCUUCAUUUUGAAGGAUUAGAGGUGGGCCCUUAAAAAGUAAAUACAUGCAUUAUAACUCAAUUUAAAAAAAAAUACAACGACUAAAUCUCCAGAUUGCAAUAUUGGCUAAAUACACCACUUUAAAUCAUAACCUCCAAACAACCCCUAAGUUUGAAACAUAAUUAAUUUUUCACCGCUGC